AAGAACAGGACCACUGGAGAGCAGGUAAGAAGAAAGCAGAAAGGACAAUGGGUACCUAUACCUAAGUAAAGGUUUGAUCUUAAAAGUACCAGAAUCGCGACGCGAAGGCAGAGCUCCGCAGUACUCGUACCUUUAUGUAAGACCGUUUUAAAAAGUGGAUUAACAAAUCAAGAUAGUCGAACAUAGCAGUAUACAUUUGUAUCUCCGAGUGUCUGACGGAUUUCAAAAAAUUAAUCGAUGAUGAAGUUAUUAUAUUUACCGGCUAUAUUGGUUAUAUUUUACAUAAAGACGUACCACGCAGUACAUCUUACUUGUACUCCGGAAUUAGAGUAUUUUGGUAUUUUCCCAUUGAUAAGAUUUCCUCCAACAACACAAGAUUGGACCUAUUCGAAAUCCUUAUGCGCAUUUUUCAAUGGAUCGUCCAGAUUUAUAAUUCCGCUCAAAUACUCGUACUACAAAAAUAAAAUUGAAUAUUAUGGAGCUAUUUCAAUUGGAACGCCACCAACGCAGAUGAAUGUUCAGUUUGAUACGGGAUCGUCUUCGUUGUGGGUUCAUUCAACUCGUUGUGAUAGUCCGGCAUGUCCUAGUACUCAAAAUCGUACUCGAUAUGAUCACCACUCCUCAGAAACGUACCAAAAAUAUGAAAAAGAGGACGAAUCGUCUACCUUAUGGUAUGGUUCAGGAUCUGUUGACGGAUUUUGGUCUCGUGAUACGAUUUCAAUACGAGGCUAUAAAAUGAAUAAUGAACGAUUUCUUGAACCCACGGACAUGUCUGGGCCAAUCGUGAGCAGAGCAUACGAUGGGAUCAUAGGAUUAAAUUACAAACCACAAACGGAUUCCAUCAACAUAAUAUCAAAAUAUUGUGAACAACGAGGAGUCAACGACACCACAUUUUCAUUUUAUUUAACCAAGAACAAUGGUGGCGAGUUACUGUUAUGCGGUUCAUAUGUAUACAGGUACCGCAGAAAACUAAAAUAUGUGAAUGAAGUGGAAAAAAGCUCCACAAGCCUCUCAUGGACAAUACCCGUAGAAAAAGUUUCAAUUACAAGUGAUUACGCUGACAAAAGAUAUACUGAAAUAAUCGCCACGAAUAAUACAGCUUUAGUUGCUACUGGAUCAUCGUUUAUUCAUGGACCAGAAGAACACGUUAAUGCAAUCAAAAGAUCUAUAGAAUCAAUCCUCUCAAUGAUACCAGACCCGAGAGCAAACUUACACAAACUGCCAAACAUAACAUUCACAAUUGGUGGAGAAGAUUAUGUCCUCACAGGACAAGAUUAUAUUAUAAUAGAUCAUGACGACGUCAUAGUUGGUUUAGAUGAAACGAAUACUCCAUCUACAUCUGAAUGGGUUUUGGGAGCUGUUUUUCUUCGCAAAUACUACUCUGUAUUCGACAUGAAAAAUCACCGAAUAGGUUUCGCCGAAAGCAUACACAAUUGAAUGAAUGUUUCCAAUUGCUUCAGUUGAUGAGUUCUUUCUGAGCUCCACAAGUAAGUUUCUCAUUUUCAAUUUUUGAGAAGAGUAAUACAGUAAAUUCUGAAUCGUGUAUUUAGAUGGAUAAGUCGUGGUAAAGAAAAUACUGCACCAAAUUUUCUAAUGAUUAAUCAAGUGUAAGGUCUAUGUACAUAUUAAGUAUAUAGGUAUAUUUAUCUUGUAUACCAUUGAUGUGAUGGUCGUUCUGAAAACCAUAUCCUUGAUAUUCCUUUUUGUCGGUUUUUUCCUACCAAGAGAUGGUCUGUACUAUUAUUUUAAUUGAAUACUAAUAAUUAAAUGAAUUUUCCUAGAUUGCAA